CAGGCAUGGCUUAGGUUAUAAAGAUCAGUGACAUGAUUUUCAUGUUCUUUGUAUUUCAUUGUUUCAGACGAAGCUACUAUGGAGGAAACUGGGCCAGUUUCAGCUUUUCAGGACUGUUGUCCUGGCUAAAGGAAUACCAGGAAAACAGUGAUGUUGUGACUGAAAAUUCAUCAUGGCAAGAACAAAUACUUGAAAAUGAGGAAGCUAUUCUUCUUAGUAGCAAGGACAAAACAAUUCAACAUGUAGAAGUAUUUUGUUAUGCCAGUCAGGAUUUGCACAAAGAUGUUGAAGAAGCUGGUGCACUGCAGAAAAAUCAUGCUUCUGUGACAGCCGUGCACUCCAUAGAGCCUGCAGAGCCUGCUUGCCUGCCUACUGCAGAUGAGUCAUUAAGCACCCAGAGCUGUGAAACACCAGCAGAUCACACUCAGAACAGUGAUCCAGAGAGUUCACUAGAAGUAAAUGAUGCUGAAGCAGCAGGAGAAAAAGAAAAUCAUAGCGAUGAUAAACCUUCAGAAGAAGAGACAAGUGAAAAUGUGCCUAAAGUACAAGACAACACAGAGCCACCAAAGAAAAAUAGAAUUACUUACUCACAGAUUAUAAAAGAAGGAAGACGAUUUAAUGUUGAUUUAGUAUCAAAACUUCUCUAUUCUCGGGGAUUACUAAUUGAUCUUCUAAUCAAAUCGAACGUUAGUCGAUAUGCAGAGUUUAAAAAUGUUACAAGGAUUCUUGCAUUUCGAGAAGGAAUUGUGGAACAGGUUCCCUGUUCGAGAGCGGAUGUCUUCAAUAGCAAACGACUUACAAUGGUAGAAAAACGAAUGCUUAUGAAAUUUCUAACAUUUUGUAUGGAAUAUGAAGAACAUCCUGAUGAAUACAAAGCAUAUGAGGAAACUACAUUUUCUGAAUAUUUAAAAACUCAAAAAUUAACCCCCAAUCUACAAUAUUUUGUCCUGCAUUCAAUUGCAAUGACACCGGAGACAACAAGUAGUACUGUCGAUGGUCUCAAAGCUACCAAAACCUUUCUUCGCUGUCUUGGGCGGUAUGGCAACACUCCAUUUCUGUUUCCUUUAUAUGGCCAAGGAGAACUCCCACAGUGUUUUUGCAGAAUGUGUGCUGUGUUUGGUGGAAUCUAUUGCCUUCGCCAUUCUGUACAAUGCCUUGUAGUGGACAAAGAAUCCAGAAAAUGUAAAGCAAUGAUAGAUCAGUUUGGUCAAAGAAUAAUCUCUAAGCAUUUCGUUAUUGAAGACAGUUACCUUUCUGAGAAUACGUGUUCCCGUGUACAGUACAGGCAAAUAUCCAGGGCAGUCCUGAUUACAGACGGGUCUGUACUAAAAACGGAUUCAGAUCAACAGUGUUUUCAUGCUGAAGGAGAUGGGAAUGCCAAUUAUCUUGGUUUCAUCAUUGCACAUUACACACGUUUUAUUGAAUUUUUGUACGAUUCCAUAUACCUAAAUUUGGUGCAUUUGACUUGCAUGUCUUCUAAAACAGCAAGAGAAGAUUUAGAACAAGUAGUACAGAAAUUGUUUACUCCAUAUACAGAAAUGGAAGCAGAAAAUGAGCAUGUUGAAAAGCCAAGGAUUCUAUGGGCACUCUACUUCAAUAUGAGAGAUUCUUCAGAUAUCAGCAGAGAUUGUUACAAUGAUUUACCAUCCAACGUUUAUGUGUGCUCUGGCCCAGACUCUGGUCUAGGAAAUGACAAUGCAGUCAAGCAGGCGGAAACACUUUUCCAGCAAAUCUGCCCAAAUGAAGACUUCUGUCCAGCCCCACCAAAUCCUGAAGAUAUUGUUCUUGAUGGAGACAGCUCACAACAAGAACCAUCAGAAUCCAGUGUCGUAGCAGAGGCCAACUCAGAGACUCCCAAGGAAAGUACAGACCUGGGAAACCCAGAGGAGCCCUCUGAGUAGUGGAUAUGCAGACUUAAUAUCCUAACCUGGAAAUUCCUCUUGGCCUCAUAGUUUUGAUGAAAUGAAUAUAUGAACUCUUAUAGUAAGCAACAGCCUUAGAGUAGGCAAAAUGACAAGAAGAAACAAUUUCCCAGAAAUCUAAAGGGGAAUUUUCCUCAAAAAGGACAUUUAGGAACAUAAAACUCUUAAAAAGCACAUUGACUUGCUUGUUUAAAAGACAACAAACCUGUAAGAUUAGCAGAUGAAAACUAUAAAUGGACUAAUUCCUGGGAAUGUAUAUGGCGUUCACUUAAAUUUGUUUGCCACUGGGAUCUUUUUGGUUGAAAGUCACAUCUGGAGAUUUUGAAUUAUAUUUUCAUUCUGAGUGUGCUAUAACAGAUAAAAGCAUAUGUAAAUACAGUAAAGCUAAACUAUCAUAAUCUGGCCAGGAGCCAGUAUUUGUGGUAAAAGUUAUUUUUCUUUUCCAGGUUAAGAACUGAAGAUGUUAAUACGAAGGUGUUCAGAUGUUUUGUUACUCAUGAUUUGUUAGUAAUUAGUGAUUUGGUGUAAUGUUAUACACACUGGCUAAAGUUCAAAGAUGAAGAAAUGUAAGAAUGGUAGCAAACAUUUGGACAAGAUCAGUGGUCCUUCAUGAUCCUAAGUCAGAGUAACUGAAGCACUAACCUCCUUGGUCACAGAACUAAUUUGAUAUUAGGUAAAUUGUUUUAAAUUGUCUUCACUUUCUCCAGAUCCAAAGUGGAAUACUAUGCCUACUGUAUCAGAGUGGUUAUAAAGAUAAAUGCCGCACCAUCCUUAGAAUGGUUCUUCUGGAAAGAUACUGUUUUGGAACUUUCCCAUUGAUGGAACUGUGGAUAAAUAUCAAACCAACCUCAUGAUCACUGUUAUAUUUAUUGCGUUCAAAAUUUUACAAUGCAGAUCUGUUUCCUAAAUUCAUUAGUAACAAGUGUAAUGGUGGUUUUUAAAGACUUAGAAAUACUUCAUAAAUUCAUAUUCCUCUUCUGGCAACUAAACUUGAAACCAUCGCGAACUGAACAGAGUAUAAUAUGACAGUUAAUAAACUAUAAUACACACUUUACAUGAAAAUAUGAGGGCUACACAUUGGCAGCAAACCUAUUUGCUACGCCUGCAUUUAAAUUUCUCCAAGCUCUGUUGGUCUACUUUCUUUGAGCAAUAGUCUGGACCUAUAACUGCCUGUAAAUAAAUAAACAAUAAAUAAACCCAGUGCUUCCUGCCAGGGAGUCAUGGCUCCAAUGAAAAGCACAGAGUUCUCCCUGUGCAGCUGGUUCCUGGCCUGGCCAGGUUUCAAAGGAAGCUCCCAGCACAGAUUCUUGAGAAAUGGAAAAAUCCAAGGAAUGUUGCUCUUGCUGACCCCUACAGAUUGAAUUGAAUUGAGAUAAAAGAUAAACAUCCUAGACUCCCAGGCUGCUCUUCUCAGGCUGCCUGCACCUCCCACUGUACAGCCCUCUCCUCCUCUGUAGUACCCCUUCACUUUUGUAAGGUCACACAAAUCAGGGACAGAAUCACAUUAUAACCUACUUUGUCACAAAGCUUCAGCUCUUAAGUCAGCUGUUGUUUCCUGAAGCCCAACCAGGGCAUGAACCAAAUGAAUGCCAAGUACACACCUGUAUGACACCAGGUAUUGGUCCUGCCUCUCCAUGCCAGCAAUAAGGAAGUUUCUCUUACAUGAGAAUAGUAAUUUGAAUACAAUCACUAUUAGGUUGCACCAAUAAAAAUGUUAUACUUUGUUAUAAUCUAGAGUUAAGGCCUGCUAAAUGCAGCAUGCACAUUUAAUCUAAGGAGAUAGGCUUAGAAUAACUAGAAACCUUUGGAUACUGCAGCUAUGUAAAUUGUAGAGCAACAGCAGCUAUUUUAUGCUUUCAUGGCCUAGCUCAUACUGUAUCUUUUUUCAUUCCUUUGAUGUCAUAAAAAGAAUCGAUCUUCCAGGUCAUUUACUAAAUAUAUUGUUGAAACGCUUAAAGCUCCUAUGAUUAAUAAUUGUUAAAAUACAACAGUACUGUUGUUAAAAAUUUUAGGCAGUUCUGCCUAAUUCCUAUUGCCUCAGAAUGCAAUAGUAAACAAUUAUAAGAGCUUUUUCUUAUAUUCUUAAUUACUGCAAGUAAAUAUUUGUUUUUUUUUUUACUGUUUUAAGUUCAAAACAAUACCAACAACAAACAUUAAGAUAGUGUUGUAAAAACCUUAAGUCUAAAAUCAUAUGAAUAAAAUUGCUGUUUUACAUAAUGGAAAUAUUUCAAUAAUUUGAAAUUUGAAAGUUGCUGUUAUCAAAGAAUUUUUACUUGUAUGCUCAAAAUAUUUAAAUAUGCAUGCCUGUUUCUUAGUAACCAAAAAUCAUAUCAUUAAUUUAAGUGAUUGAUAUAAGAUCCAGUAACUAAUCCUAGGUUGCUUUUGUAUAUCUUUUCUAGUUGGUGUGCCUGCCCAAGAAAUCAUAAAUAAUAGAUGUCACUUUAUAUUUUUCUAUAGUAAAAUGGCUACAGUCAUGGGUAACUUCUAGAAUAGUGGACAUUUCUAAAAGAAUAACUGCAAUUAUAAAGUUGAUUGUUGACAAUUAUUAAUUUCUGGCGAGAUUGUUUCUAGAUUUUUCUGUCCUAAAUUUUGUUUUCUAGUUCCUAAAUGGUAGCAGUCAUUUAUAGGAAUUAAAACCAUUUUCUUGCCAAUUACUUAUGUGCUGUUAUUGGUAUUUGUCUUUUGCUCAGUAAACUUUCUUAUAUUUAUUUUAAAAAGCAUGAAUAUAUAAUAAUUUGCACACUGUAUAACAGGGAAUUUUCAUAGGAAAUAAAGACUAUUCAUUGCCUUUCCACUGUAA